UAUUUUUAAUUGUUUAAGGUCUCCAAGAGCAUUGACACCUUUUCUGCAUGCAUACACAAUAAUGCAGUGCAUUUUGGGGCAAAAAUACAUAAGUAAAAAUAAAAGACUGGGGAAUUUACUCCAAUAAUUUACAAAUAGUAAGUAAAUAGAAAAAAAAACUGUGAAGUUGCAUGUUUCUUUAAAUGGUAAUUAAAAAAAAAAAAAAAAAAGAAUAAAUCCGACCGCUAGAGGGUUCAGGUCAGCGGUUUCCCACGAUGGUGCAAGCAUGUGUGGUUUGUCCUGAUGCUGAUGCACAUCCUGUGUUGACCCAUUGGAACAAUCCGACCGUCAGAACUAGUGAUUGGAUGAUGUUUGGGGUUAUACUAUAACAUAAGUCUUAACUAAUAAAAGUGAAGGAAAAGCCCUAAUAGGUAGAACUUGUGUGUGUGUACAUCAGUGCAAGUGUUGGCUAAAAGCAGGGGGAGGAGCUCCGUGACCCCGCCCACCGCCUGUCAGAAAGCGUUCGGGGGCAUUACCACACAAUGGACGCUUGUAGCUAUGGAAACUCGUCGAUGGCAGCAUCCUCCAGUGCUCUCCGUCCUCAUCCUCAUACCUCUCGGAGGUGCUGACUGCGUGCAGCUGGAGCCGUAAAGUGAGACGCUUUGCAAGAUGGCGAUGGCGGGGCUCGUGGCGUGCUUUGUGCUGUACUCCUGUUUAGGCCACAUUCCAUCAGCCCUCGGAGUAAUCCUCCGAACCACGGACAAGAUUGUUUGGGCGAAUGAGUUUGAGCCCAUCGAAUUAACCUGUUUGAUAGAGUCCAUUUCCACAAACAACCCAAGGAUUGAAUGGAAAAAGAUUAAAGACGGCAUCCCGAGUUAUGUGUACUUUCAAAACAAGAUAGCAGGGGACUUGGAGAAUAGAGCUCAACUCAGAGAGCCAGCCAACAUUCUGAUCUUCAACACCACUCGAUCAGACACUGCCGAGUACCGCUGCGAGGUGGCAGCCAUCAACGAUCAAAGGGACUUUGAUGAGAUACUUAUUAGUCUUGCAGUUAGAGUGAAACCUGUCGUGCCGCGGUGCAGCGUGCCGGAGGCCGUGACAGUAGGAACAUCAACGGAGCUGCGGUGUCUGGAGAACGAAGGCUUCCCUGCUCCUCAGUACCGCUGGUUCCACAACAACGAAGAACUUCCUCAGGAUCCCAAAAACAGCCCCAGAUUUGUCAAUUUCUCCUACAGCAUCAAUCCAGACACUGGUAGCCUGAAAUUUCGACGAGUGAGAAAGGAAGACGCAGGCGAAUACUACUGCCAGGCAAAGAAUGACGCGGGUCAUGCACAGUGUCCCACACAAGUGAUGGAAGUCUAUGACGUAGACAUCCUUGGAAUUGCCCUCAAGUGUCUUGGUGGAGUGUCUGUGGUCAUCAUUCUGGUGGCUUUCCUCUGCUCCAUAAGACGCAUGUGCCUACAGUUUAAAGGCCACAAUGAAAACCACUAUAACUGGCCGACACAGAAUAACGGUGUUGAAUACGGUGAUCCAGAUGAGGGUCAUUUCCGCCACAAGUCUUCAUUCAUCAUUUGACAGCUGACAAAAACAGUUCAGGAAAACCGUAAAGCAUAAAGGAUCCAGUUGAUACAGGUUCAAAAUGGCACAUUUUUUUCCAAUGCACAUCACAACCAGAUCAGCUGACUUGCCAAAGUUAUUAUUAAUUCAAUAUGUGGCAGCACAUUUCUGUUCAUUGGAAUCCAACUGAUUAUUGUAAUGUGUUGUAUUUAAUUGUUUCCUUUUGAACAUUUGCAAUUUAAACUUUUUUUUUUUCCCAAACCGUUUCUCAACACAGUUGUAUCUUACAAUAACAGAGUUUUGAAGCUGUUCAGUUCAAUGUUUGGUCUUUUGUCACUGGUUACUGUAAGGUACAUUCCUGCACCAUUUUUAGACAAAUCCCUUUUUGAUAACUUUUACAUUUUUUACGGUUUCAGAAAAGUGUCUGACAUUGUAAUGUCAUCAAAUAUACAUGUUUUGAAUUGUUUCUCGCACAAAUUUGUCCAGACUUGUCUUUGUACAUAAUGUAGAUAGAAAAGGCAAAAAAAGGGAUGGUCAGAUCACACUCAUGAAGGCACAAAUACCAGCCUUGAAAUUUAUAAGCAUAUAAUAACUACACACAAAUACAGAAUAAACAAAAAAGUUUGAAUAUAAUAUACCUUACUAUGCUGCAAAGUAUUUACUUGGAAGGUGGUGAAGUGUUACUUUUUGGAGUGUUGUUUCUGUGUAUAAGUGACCUUUGGUGCUUUAAGAUUUUUAUUUGUCGGUAUUGGACAUAUUGCCCAGUUUUGAGUCAGUACUCUAUGUCCAGCAAACAAAUGCAUUUUUCUAAUCCUUUAAUGCAUUGAACUCUGUACUCAUGUAAAUAAUGCAAUAACCUGUUUGUUUGAAGUGCGUUCACUGUAUUUAGUGUUGAGUGUUUUCUGAGUGUUAAAUCUGUCUAUAACAACUGUUUUUUUUUUGUUUUUUUUCUGAGAUUUGCGUUAUUUUGUGUAUUAACUCAGGAACUGUUGGAAAAUGUCUGCUGUUCAUUUGAUAAUAAAGUUAUACCUUCUUGUUAGUUUGUUUCUAUUAAAUAUAUUUGAACUCUAA